UACGUCAAUGUCAUGUAUAGUCUUAAUCUUAACUGUAAAAUACAGACUACAGAGCAUAACAUAACCUAAAAACUAUGUUAUGCAGUAGAAACUUAAAUGUUUUCCACACAAAUUAUAAGAAAACCAUAACAAAAUGGGUCCCAAUAGGACUCGUACGAUUAAAAAGUUCUGCAGAACCAAAAACAAAAACAUACUCCCAUACAAUUCUUUUCCCAAAAACAGACUUUCCUGCGCGAUCUAAUAGUGCGAGAAAAGAUGAGAUUCAAAAGGCUGCGAAGUUUUCUGAGCUUUACAGCUGGCAGAGACAACACCUGAAAGGGCCAGAGUUCGUGUUGCACGAUGGGCCGCCCUACGCUAACGGAGAUUUGCACAUGGGACAUGCUGUUAAUAAGAUAAUAAAAGACAUAAACAACCGCCAUCAAGUCCUCCUCGGCCACAAAGUCCACUACGUCCCCGGGUGGGACUGCCACGGGCUCCCGAUUGAGCUCAAAGCCCUCCAACAAACCAAAACGACAAAAAAAUCAGCGCCAUCUAACAUUGAAACACAAAAGCAAGAAACAACGCCAUCUAGUGCUGUGGAAAUACGUCAAGUGGCGAGGAAGUUUGCGUUGGAAACUAUAGAGAGACAGAAGGCACAGUUCGAGAGCUGGGGAGUCAUGGCUGAUUGGGAUAAGCAGUGUUACAGGACCCUGGAUAACGGCUAUGUGAAGAGCCAGUUGGAGCUGUUCUACGAGAUGUACGAGAAGGGGCUGAUCUUUAGGGCUUUGAAGCCCGUCUAUUGGUCGCCGUCGUCCAAAACAGCCCUAGCAGAAGCCGAGUUGGAGUACGACCCUCAGUUCAAGAGUACAGAAGUGUACGUCAGCUUCCCGCUCGACUCCGUGCCGGACAACAUCAGAGAUGCUGUGAAGGGUGAGACCCUCUCAGCUAUCAUCUGGACGACGACCCCGUGGACGCUGGUGGCUAAUCGCGCCAUCUGCUUCAGCGCACAGCUCCUGUACAGCAUCAUAAGGGUGGAAGGGCUCGGGGGGCUGUUCCUCGUGGCCAGCGAGCUGGUUGAGCAGUUGCAGAACACGCUAGAACGAGCGGUGCAGAGGAUCGCAGAGGUUGAAGGCGCUGCGCUCACAGGCGCCCGCUACCACCACAAGAUACUGAACCAAUCAUUUCCACUCCUCGCGGCAAGUCACGUGACAGCUUCCAAGGGCACGGGCUUAGUGCACACUGCCCCCGCACACGGCCCCGAGGACUUCCUAGUGGGGCUGGAACACAAUAUACCGGUGGAAUGCAACGUGGACGAAUCCGGGCUGUACCGCGACCUCGGCUCUCUGAACGGCCUCUUCGUGCUCGGCCGCGGGCAGGAGGCCGUCAUCUCGCUGCUCGGCGACCAGGUGUUGAGGCGAGGUGUCCACACGCACUCGUACCCGCUGGACUGGCGGACCAAGAAGCCGGUCAUAUUGCGGGCCAGCCACCAGUGGUUCAUUCAUACCGAGGCCUUGAAGAAGAAGGCUUUAGAAGCAUUGGAACGCGUUGAGAUCCUGCCGUCCUCCAGCGCGCAGCAGUCCCGGCAAGGCUUCCGGGCCCGCGUCGCCGCGCGCGCCUACUGGUGCGUGUCGCGGCAGCGCGCCUGGGGCGUGCCCAUACCGUGUCUCUAUCAUGACGGGAAGCCUAUAGUCCACAGGCGCGUCAUCGCCCGCCUGCUGCAGCGCGGGGCGGACGCGUGGUGGACGGCGCCGGCGGCCGAGCUGCUGCCGCCGGCGCUGGCCGAGGAACUCGGGGUUAACGUCGCAGAGGUCACCAAAGGAGAGGAUAUAAUGGACAUCUGGCUGGACUCGGGGUCGUCGUGGCGGACGCUGCCGGCGCCGGCCGCGCUGUGCAGCGAGGGCGUGGACCAGCUGACGGGCUGGUUCCAGAGCUCCCUGCUGACGAGCGCCGCCGUCGCCGGCCGCGCCCCAUACAAAUGCAUCUUCGUGCACGGUUUCGUGGUGGACGCGGAGAGGCGGAAGAUGUCCAAGUCUCUGGGCAACGUGAUCGCGCCGGAACAGAUCAUACACGGCGGGGGCAAGCAGCCCGCGUAUGGCAUCGACACGUUGAGAUGGUGGGUGGCCAGCCACGGAACACAGCAUACACAAAUCAUCGUCCGUAAGAAACUCCUCGACGACUGCCAAUCAGAGGUCAUCAGGAUUCGCGCCAUCUUGAAAUAUCUACUAGGGGUCAUUGACCUCCCCCCACUUAAGAACCCAUCAUUGAACUACUUCGAUCAAUACAUGGUCGCAGAAACGUACAAGUUCUUAAAAGAUGUACACGACAAUAUGAAUGAGUUGAGAUAUAACAGUGCAGUCCAAAACAUACUAUAUUUCAUUAGUAAUAAGGUAUCAGCUUUAUAUUGUCAUUGCGUUAAAGAUAGAUUAUACUGUGCUCCUAAAGCGUCAGAAGCCAGAAUAGGGGCUCAGUUGGUGGCUCACACGAUGCUAGUCUCUCUAUGUAAGGCCAUAGCACCUAUUUUGCCGCAUUUAAUCGAAGAGGUAUGGAAAUAUCAUCCUUUAUAUGAAAAACCGUUCUUUUUCACUCAAAAUAUACCCGUUUUAGAGAAUCAAAGCGUAGAUACAACGAUAAUGGAUUUAGUUUUAGAAUUAAAGAAAGAUAUAACAGCUUUAACUAAAAACGAAAACUUGAAAAAAUUAUCUGUUGAAGUAAAAUUAAAUCCUACACUAUAUUCCAUAUUAAACGAUUUAAAUUCUUUAGAUGAAACAAAUGAAAGUGUGUUAAAUGAGAUUUUAGAAGUGUCAGAUGUGUGUCUGAGUGUCGAAAGUGUCGAGAAAUGGGUGGUAAGUGUCAGUGAGAGCUCCCGAGAGCAGUGUCUGCGGUGUCGCAAGUAUAACGCGCAAGAAAAUAGUGACAAGUGUUUGAGAUGUCAACUUGCUAUGGCGUCGAUGUAGCCACUAAAGAGUAAUAUAUUAUUUUCAGACAACUUUUUCUGGCAAAAAAAAAUGAAAUGUUAACAUUGUUAAAUAAAUAAAAAUACUUUUUUUUUGUGUAAAUAUUGUACCGAUACGUAAUCAAUUUGUAUUAUUAAAACUUCUCGGUAAAUUUUCAGCAAGUAUAUUACAUUUUUAUUAAUUUAGCUAUGACUAUAACAGAUUUAUUGAUGUUUCAUUUUCUCAAACACACUUUUUUGCCACGAAAAGUUCUGUCUGAUUAUUUUAGUUGUAGUCUAAAUGUAAAUGUCCUGAAAGUGUAAAUUAAGAAUGUUUUUGAAAA